UGGUCAUUGAGCGGGAAAUAAGUGUUUUAAUACGGAUUGUAAGGAGUAGGUGUGUCGGCAUGACUUAAAUUGGAAGAAAGUGUUGUAUGAAAUAAAUGUAAGGAUGUGAUUGUCUUUCUUUUACUUAAUAAUAAUUGUGCGAUAAUUGUAAUGAUUUACAUAGUGCGAUUUUAUAAAAAUGCUGGUUUUAUAAAUAAGACUGUUCAUGUACGUCAACCAUACAUAUGAAUUUAUUGUAUUCGCAUUUAAUUAGUUAACACAGAAGAUAGCAAGUGAAAAAAGUGCAUUUCUAUGUUCACACAGGAUAUGUCUCGGUAAAUAUUUUAAUUUUCUUUGGAAAACAGCUCUGGAAAUUUUUUUGCUAAUACGAGUAGAACAAAUCUUGUCUUGCUUAAUGUUUAAUAAAAAAUGAGAAAAUAAUUAAAAUUGGAUAAAACUAUAAAAUUAUUUAUUAAGAAAUAUAAAGUAAAAAGGCAAGAAAUUGAAAAGAAAUUUAGAAAUGUCUUUAGUAACAAGCGUAGCUGGAUCUACAAUAAGGCCGCAGCAGCAGCAACAUGUAAAGGGACAACAAAAAUGUACUAAAGCACUUCAACCUAACAACAACUCAAAUUCUAAUCGCACAAUAGCAACUCCUCCCCAAUCGGCGGUCAAUUGUUUGCAACAACCAUCACCACCGCCAUCCUCAUCCAAGACUUCUCUGACAACAUCUCCUAUUGCUGCUAACUUAAUAGGUUCUUCAUCGUUAUUUUCAUUUGAGAGUGGUGUAGUUCUUAGUGGAAGCUCAGGAUGUUGCUCUUUGUCAAAUUCUCCAUCGUCAUCCUCAUCAUCAAACUCAUAUUUAACUUCACACUCUUUAGAAAAUUCGUGUAACAAGCUGACCACUAAUCCGGGCAACCAAUUGUGUUUAAAUACAUCGACAAAUUUAGAAGAUUCGUUCACCUCAGGAACAUGUCAAUUGAAUGCUUCCUUAUUGGCUGCAGUUAACGGAGAUUUGGAAGAAGAUCAAGUUAUAGCAAAAUCAUUACCAGAUACUUCAAAUCAAACUGAAUCCAAUCUACAUACUCCUGAAACUUCACCUAAUAAUAACAAUAAUAGUACUGAGAACGGACAAAGACUUUUGUUAGAAAAUAUGCAUCAUCAACAUGCGCAGCAGUCCACCGCAGAAAGUUCUUGUUUAAAUAGUGAAGACGCACGAACACUUCAAUUAGCAGUCGAGUUGACGAUGAUGAAUUUAAAUAAAAUGCCAUCGCCAACAUCUGAAGGACAACCAGCUUUGUCGCCAACAUCAAAUCAUUAUCAACAAUUACAAUCACAUCACUUGCAACACGGUUCACUGGAGCACCAUCAACCAUAUUCAUCUUCUUCGUCAUAUACAUCCGUUGGCAAUCCGUAUCAUAUGACUACAAAAGUUUUUCUACAAACCCAAUCUCAAGCCGCUGCCACAUUAAUAAAUCAGCAUUUUUUAACCGAACCUAAUCAAGAUAACAUUCCAAGCAAAAUAAAUUCAAUGUCAAGUCCCAAUCAAAACUUGACCACUGUAACACCAACAACGACAGAGGAACGUUCAAAAAAAUCACAAAACAUGACAGAGUGUGUACCGGUGCCGAGUUCAGAGCAUGUUGCAGAAAUUGUUGGAAGGCAAGGUUGCAAAAUAAAAGCACUUCGGGCUAAAACAAAUACAUAUAUUAAAACUCCUGUGCGAAAUGAAGAGCCAGUAUUUGUAGUAACUGGUCGUAAGGAGGAUGUUGCUAAAGCUAAACGUGAAAUUUUGUCAGCUGCAGAACAUUUUACAUUAAUACGUGCAACACGACGUACAAAUGAUGGCAUUAAUGGAUGCUCAACGAGUUUAACUGGUGGCGGGAAUACUGGCAACAGUGGGCAUUUAGUGUCGUUAAAUAAAAACACAUUGUCGUCCACUACGCCAUUACCGGGUCAAAUAACAAUUCAAGUACGAGUACCAUAUAGAGUUGUAGGAUUGGUUGUAGGACCGAAAGGAAAUACUAUUAAGCAUAUUCAGCACGAGACUCAAACUUAUAUUGUAACGCCAUCUCGAGACAAAGAGCCAAUAUUUGAAGUAACUGGCAUGCCGGACAAUGUUCAAAUGGCUAGAAAACAAAUUGAGGCACAUAUUGCUACACGUACUGGCAAUUCUUUGGCUGUGCCGGCAGCACCGCCUCCGCCACCACCUCCUCCUGCACCAGCAGGUGGAAUUAAUUGCAUUAAUGAAUCUCUACCUUCUCAUCAAAAUUCAACUUUUCAAUCUUUGAAUUCCUUAAAUCAAAUGCUGAACGAUGAUUUGCAUUCAGAAAUUUUAUCUUCAAUUUAUAAAAAUGGAAUAGGUUCAGCAUUGGAAUAUAGUCAGAUCGGUGGUAGCAUUUUAAACUCGACCAAUAAAUGCAAUGCUUCGACUCCAUUUAACGGCUUCGUCAACAAUGAGAUUAAUCCUAGCAUUAUCUCCGUAAACGAUAUACAGCGACGUGUAACGAUGAAUUCUGGCAACAGCAAUAGUGGAAAUAUACCAUUGAACUGCAAUGACUUCAUUAACAAUAUAAUGGAAACAAAUGCCACCACACAAUUUGUUAAUGAGCAAAAUACAAAUUUUACACAAAUAACAAAUAAUAAUGCUAGUACCAUAAGAAAUUUAAAAUCGGUAAUAAAUAGCGUUAAUCUCUUAGAAAAUUCGAACAACAGUACCGGCGGAAUCUUACAUCAACCAAAUAACCUGACUACAAACGCUUUACUUACCCGUUCUUGUUCUUCAGCCUCUUCAACAGCAUCGUCUUCAAAGAGCUUCAAUAAUAGUGGCAACAACAACAAUAUUCAAUUUUGGAAAUCUUUAAAUGGUGGUUCAUCAUUAGCAACAACAACUAAUGGAACAUGUGGCAGCACUGGAAAUAACGAUAACAUCGAAAUCGAUGAAGGCAUAGGUGAGUCACCUUUAUAUAGUUGGGGUUUACCCAACACCUUGGCGGCGCUAACCAAUUCGUAUUGUUCUCCAACAUCAACGUCUAUAAGUCCUACAGACUCGCUUUUUGGUGAACAUGUUAACAAAACAGCAAUACUUCAGCAACAACAGCAGCUUAAAAUAUCUUCAAAAACUAAAUUAUUAGAAAAGCUAAAACGUAAAAAUUGUUGGAUGUGCCAUGAAAAAGAUAUUGUUGCUGCUUUGAUACCUUGCGGUCAUACCAUAUUUUGUUCCUUGUGUGCAAAUCGUUUAUGUCAACAAAAUGACGCAAGCUGUCCAGUAUGUUCCACACAAAUAUACCAAGCUAUAAGAGUUCACUAAGUAUAACUACACUAUAAGGUAUUUCCAAAUGUUCAUAAAGAAAUUUAUUUUUUUAUUAGAUACGAAACAAAUACAUUUACACGUAAUACUCGUAUGCAAAAAGCAGUGAUCUUCAUGACAUUUUUCAAUUUCAACUUAUUUAUUUUGAUAUAGACAACACAUUUACUUGAGAAAAGUGCAUACGUUUUACUCGUGUCAACUCAAGCUUAGUGUUUUUCACUUAAAAUUUACAUACAUACUUUGUAAAAAGUAUGCAUUUAUUGUUAGAUUUUUUUAUUUCGAAAAUUUUCAACAUAGUGAAUAAGUCGAAAUUUUAAUGAGAAUAUAUAUCUUUUUUCUAUUUUAAUGUUGUUAUUUUUUAAUAAAUAUAAAUUUAUUUAUUUUGUCAAUUAGUCUUUUGCACGUUUAAUAUUAGCUAUAUUAUUGUUUUGAUAUAUUUUAUAAUCAUAUAAAUUAGUGCUUUAUUUUUCUUAUUAUUGUUUAUAUGAUAUACACGUUUCAGAUUUUCUAAUAUUAAUUGCACUAGACCAAAACUAGUAAACAUGUCGAAAUAUUUUUAUUAAGUUACUUAAAUAUUGUUUUAAUUAAUAGAUGAGCAUUCAAAAGGUUUUGUUUUUUCGUUAGAGAAAAAAGCUUCAGUUUUUUUAUUUAUUUUUUGUAUAUGAAUUUAAAUAUCAAUGAAUCACAUUAGAAAGAUCAACUCAACUGUUUUUUUUAAUAUGAUUAUUUCUAUAAUGGCAAAAAACAUCAACCGUCAGAUAAAAUAAUCAUAAUUUUUCGAAAUUUAUUACUGUUACGUUCAUGUUUUUUUUAAAACAUUUUAUUUGUUCCAUAUUCAAUAGGAUAAAAUUUUUAAACAAUUAGUUGGAAUCAUAUUAUUUCAAAAUGAUCACAAUAAAAUUAAAUUUUAAAUGGAACUUAGCUUAAUUUUGGAUUAUGUUUGCAUUUUCCUAAAUGUGACCCUAGCUACAUUUUGUUUCUUUAGAAACAUUUAAAAUUUUUUAAUCAAUUUAGAGGACAAAAUUAAAGUUAUUAAAAUUAUAAACACGAAAUUGAAACAAAGUAAUUAUCAUACUUGCAUAUAUUGAACGAAUACGACAGUUUCGAAAUUAAGCACAAAAUUUUACAUUUUUGAAAAAAAAUAAACGUAUUAAAAUAAAAUAAAAGGAUUAAAAUUAAAUUAACUAGUUAAAAAACUUUAGAAAAUUUUAAAUAUAGGUAAUUUCAAUUAUUAUAAUUACUUUUUAUUUUAAACAACAUUAUUUUAAUGGUUUUUAUAAUGCCUAUACUUUAUUCCUCUAUUUGGAUUAUAUUUUUUAACAAGUAAAAGAUCAUGCUAUGAGUGUCAGACACUGUAUAAUUAAUUGAUUAUAACAAUUUAAUUUUGCAUUAUAUGCAUAUUCUCCAUGGUAUUUUUAUGUUAUUAAAAAAGCAUGUUAAUUUUAUUGAAUUUAAAAAAAAAUAAUUUUUUUAAAAGUCAACUAUUCGAAAACUUUUUUUUUAAUUUCGAAUAAUCGAUCACCCUUAUAUCCAUAAAUACAUUUAGAUAUAGUUGGGGUUAAUGAAUAGUUAUUUGCAUACAAUAAACUGCACAGACAUGUCGAGUGAGUGUGUAUAAGUAAUCCUUAAAAACCGAAAUAAAUAUUUAACAUAGAUUUUACUGAAAUCCUUUUUAUAUUUUUUAAAAUGAACAAAAAUAAAAAACGAUACAAAUAAAUUAUUAAUAAUAAAAAAAUAUUAAAAAACCUGCUAACAGCCGGAAUCUUCCAGGAAUUUGCAUUUAAAGAAACAUAAAAUAAAAAUAACUAGACUUAUCAAGUAUUAAAAUAAUAAGAUUUUGUGCAUGCAUUAUUUACGUACAUAAUUACUAGUCAGAUAAUCCAAAUCACAAUGAAAAUAUAAAUGAAAACUUUUAUAUUAGAUAUAGAUUUAUAUUAAACAAAAUGUAUUACAAAACAGAUUUUUAUAUUUAUAAAAAAUAUUGGGUUAAAUUUCCCUUUUCUUAACUUUUAACUAUAUUUCCUCAGUUCUUAAUAUAAAGACUUUAAAAACAAAUGAAAGACUUUUAUAAGAUAUUAAUUAAUUAAUUUUAGUUUAAAUUAUUUGAUUUUAAAUUUAUUAUUUUUAAUUGGAAGUUUAUUGAGUUUAUUUGUUAUAUAAUAAUUAAUUGUGUUAUUAUUUUUAUUAAUUGUAUAUAUGGUUUUUUAAUAUUAUUUGCAUCUGCGCAAUGUUUAAAAAUGACAUUAUAAGUUAAUAAAUUAAUACAUUUCAUAUGAUACUAAAAUUUUCUUACGAUCUUUAAGAAAAAAAUAUUCUGUUCUUUGAUCUAUGUAUAUCAAUCUUUGAUAUUGUUGUAUUUACACGUGGUCAUUGUUCAAAACAUUCGUUAUAUAUUUUCCCCUCAAUAUACAAAAAUAGAGUGCUAUAUUCGGCUGUGCCGAAUCUUAUAUACCCUUCACCAUAGUGUAUUAAAAAAAAGAAUUUUAUAAAAUAUAUAUUUAAUCUAUUUUUCAACUAUAUCAUUAUUAUAUCAAUAGCAAAAAAAAAGGAAACAACAACGCAAUGGAACCAACAGACAUCUAAACAUACGAAACGAAAUACACAAAAAACAAAAUUAAGAAACGCAAUGAAAACAUCCUACGUCCAAUAAUGCGAACACACUCCAAAAAAAAAAACAUAAUACGCAAAGCAAUGAAACUAACACACAUAAAAACAUGUAUGUUAUUGUUGCUUUAUUAUCUAAAUAUAAAAAAAGUGUUUUUUUUAAAUUAAAUUUUUAGAGGAUGUCUCGGAUUUAUGCUCAUAUAUCCGCCAUUAAUAGCGAUCUUCUCAAAACAGAAUUAUUGAAGACUCGGAUCUGGCAGAUGUAUGGGGUCUUUGACAAACUUAUAAACCUUCCUUACGAAGGUGAAGGGUAUAAAAAUGUUUGCAUUAAAGAAAAAAGUAACGAAAAGAAAAUGAAAUUUAUUAUCAACGGAUUUUAUUUUUUAAAUGUUAUACUAUUUUUUUCGUUGGUUGUCAUUAUUGUUAUAUUAAUUUAAAACAUUACGCAUGGUGUAAAUAUAUGUAUAUUUUUGUAAUAAGAACUUGGAACCUAGUUAAUUUAUACAAAUAAAAUUUAAGAUGGUAUAUAAUGCGUAUAUACUUCCUCAGCAGAGAGUAAAAUUCAAUUAAGGCAAUCCAAAUGAUUUUGGAAUGUACUAAUUAUAAUUAAUGAAUUGAAUUUUGUUCGCUGUAGUUAGCAUAAACACUUAACAAAUUAUAUAAAUAUUUUAUUGGUAGCCAAUGUAAAUUAAAAUUUAAAAUAAAAUACAUGCAUAUUGUGUAAUUUUACUUUAUGUUAAAUGAUUAAACACAAAAAAAAAACAAUUGUCAAACAAUAACUAUUUUAAGAUCAUAAACAAUAUACAUACAUGUAGCCACAAUAAAAUUACCGUGAUUUAUAUUGAUCAUAUUAUAUUUAUUUUUUCAAAGAACUUAUUAAUUAUGCCAUUAAUUUAGAUAAUUAAUAAACUUUAUAAAGUAUUUAUGUUUAAUUUAUUAAAAUAAUUGAUUUAGUUUGAUAUUCAUAUAUGUUUACUAUAUUUUUUUAAUACGACACACAUCUGUAAUCGACAAAUUUAAUAUUCUUCACAUGUCUAAUAAAAAUUCUACUCCACAAGUAUAUUAUCUAAACUCUAAUGGUAGUUGCGGAUAAACUAGACAGGCUAAUAUGUAGACACAAUAGAAUCAGAACAUAGAUGUCAAGAAUGGAAAGAAUUUACUAAGGCCCUCCUAGGAACUAUGUACAUAUACAUAUGUAUAAGGACAUUUAAAAUUUUUCUUCAAAUUAAGAAAAACAAUAAUCAAAAUAAACUAAAUACAUGUGUAUAUGCAUUUCGUAGCCGGUAAUAUACUUAUGUAAGUUACUUUCGUGGCUUAUAAAUUCACAUAUUGAAUUUGAAAUAACAAAAAACUUGCUUUUUAAAUAUUCGAAACAGAAUAGAUACCAUUUACGUUUUUGCGACAUAUCGCAAAUUUAUUGCUUUUACUCGACAAUAAUGAAAAAUAUACAUUGUCUGGAACCAAUGAUCGAUACAUUUUAAAGUUGAAAAAUGCUCUACUUGUAUGUAUAAAUUAUCGUUGAUAUGUCCUACAUACUAUUUUUUUUUAUUUUAAAGUAGUUUUAAGUGAAAAUUUUGUAAAAGGAAGUGUUUAAAACUUUAAGUUGAACUCGAUACAAAGUCAUUAAGAGUCUUUGAAGUAAAGGAUAUGCAAAAAAUGUAGUGAUGAAAAAUAAAAACAAGAUGUGUGCUAUUUAAUCUGUUGAUUGCAUUGAAAAUAUUCAAAUAAAAAAAUAAGUAGUAAAAUAGCAUACAAAUAUUUUUUGUAAUAAUUUAACAACAAAAAGCCGAAAUUCUAUAAAAGUUUUGCUUAAUACAAAACGUUAAAUGCCAUGAUACUACUUUUAACAAACUUAUUGUACUAAAAUAAAUUUAUGUUUCGGAUUGUUUUUAUAUCAUUUCAAAAUUUAUUUUCCAACUAAAACUAAUAUAUGUAUGUACAUUAUUAAAAACACAUUCAAAAUAAUAAAUUUGCUCUUUAAACCGUACUUAAAUAGUAAAAAUUUGUUGUUAUAUAUCUUUAAGUAAAUGGUCUUACUGUUAACUGUAACUGAUAAUACAAAAAAUGUAAACGCUUAUUUUCUAAAACAUUUGACUCACAUUGGAGUGGAGUAAUUUACCAAAUUUUUAUCGUAAAUGUAAAUCUAAUUUGUUAACACUUUAUAGUUUGUUUGACACUUUUUUGUAAAUAUACAUACACACAUACGUAUGUAAUAGAAUCAGUCUGUUUUUAUAAUUAAGAGAGAUUGAUUUUUAAAUAUUUUAAUAUUCGAUUAGAGUGAUAUCAAUUCGCAUAUCUUAUUUUGAUAUAUCGAAACAGCAUGUAGGGUCACAAAUAAUUGCUUUUUAUUACAACAGUUAACCCAGUACCCCGUACAUUAAAAUUUUUAAUAUAAUAGAUGCAUAAUAAUAUAGUUAUAUGCAUUAUUUAUUUUUUAUUGAUAUAUUAUUUAACAAAACAUUUUAAUAUUACAUUUUCAGAAAUUAUGAAAACUGGUCGAGGUCGAAUUCGAAAACAAUUUUAAUUGUGUAGUUCUUACUUCUGAUAGUAUUAAGUAAUAUUUUACCAAACAUCAAAGUUUUAUAUGUCCAAGUUGAAACAACAUAACUUCAAACAAAUAUUGCAGUGUAGUGACUAAAUAGACAUAUUGAAGACGACGUCGAUUGUACAUACUCACAUUUUUCGAUUUCAAAUCGUUUAGAUUUUAACAUAUAUAUUUUUUAUUAUUUUCGGGUGAUUAAGCUUCUGUUUUUUGGCCCUUUAUUUAGUUUUGAUAUAUUUAUGUUUUUAGUAAGAUAAGUUGUUUGUAUUACAUUUUCUUAAUCAUGUUCCGCAUAAAUUUGCAUCGCUUUUAUCAAAAAGCAUUUUACAGGAAGUAAAUUCUUUUCAAUUCAUUCACUUCGAAACUACAAUAUGUUUUUAGAAUCUGUUGUUUCUAUAAACAGGCACAUCCAAAAUAAUUAUAGUAUCUGGAAUAGCAGCACAUAAAAUUUAAUGAAAAUAAUAUCAAGAGUUAAAUAUUGAGAAAAAAAGAAAACACAAAUUAGCGAUUUAAUAUUUAAUAUUCAUACUUAGUUGAAUUUAAUUUUGUUAAACGUUAUUUUUCAAAACCUUUUUUUAAUUAAUUUUUUUGUUAUAAACGAAAUAUUUUUUAUAUAAAUACUUUUAUCUAUAAACUGUUCCAAAAAUUAUAUAUACAUUUUAUCUAAUUUUUCCUCAGAAAUAAAAAUACGACUGACUAAAUAAGCAGUAAAUAAAUAUUUAUAUAUUACUUACAUAUUUAUAUAUAUAUAUAUAUAUAUAUAAAAAUAAUAUUUAAGAUAAUUUUAUUAAAAAUCUAUAUAUUUAUAUAAAUAAAAUUAAAACAAUAAUUAAUAGGUAUACUUAUUAAAACUCAUGAAAUAAAAAAUACGAAAUGAAUAAAGAAGACUAGAAAAAGACAUACAAAACGUUCUUUUUAUUAUUGAAUAAGAAUUGUAUAGAUAAGCUUUUUCUAAUAAAACUGAACUUAAAAUACAUUAAUGCUAAAUUUGCUCUCCUGCCAAAAAAACAAAAAUAAAUAAAAUUAAAGAACAAAUGUUAUUAUUUAUAAAAAGAAAUAUUUUAAAAUUUAGAUUAAGUUUAUUAAAAAACAAGACAACAAGACAACUUUGUAAAAUCUUUUGAGUUAUGAGAAUUUUUUUAACACAAUUCUUAUACUCUCGGUCUACUAUUUUUUUAAUAAUUUACAAAAAUCAGUUUGAGCAUAUUUUAACUUAAAAUAUGUAUGUGUCCAAAGAAAACAAAUAAUUCAGUAAAAACAUAAAUAAUCUGAAAAACUUUAAUAUAAACAAUCGUGAUAAAUAGACAUGAAUGAAAUUAUAAAUUUCUGUUUAUAUGUUCAUAUUCGGAAAUGAACUUUUUUUUUAUUUUAGCUCAUAUUUCUGUAAAUUGAAUGGUGAAGAAUAAAAAAAUUCCAAAUACUCAAAUAUGUCAAGUUUCCUCAUCACACUAUUUGUAAAAAUAAAAAAAUAUAAAAACAGUUUUUUUUUUUUCAAAAUAAACAAAAAACUCAACAAGCUCAAAAAAAAAAAAACAAAUACUCCAUAGUUACUUGACAGCAUUAAACAAAGUGGGUUGCCGUCGCUUUGUUUCAGAAAUUGCAAAAAUAAUUUGUGAAAACAAUAUAAAACAGUUUUUUUCAAAAUAAACAAAAAACUCAACCAGCUCAAAAAAAAAAAACAAAUACUCCAUAGUAGUGAAAAUUCAUGUAAAUAGUGAAAAUUCAUGUAAAUGUUAUAUGAAAAAUAUUGCUUGCUUUACAUUUUCGACUGUUGGAGUUGAAAAUAAAAUAUGCAUACUCAUUUAUAAAGUUUACGAAAAUAUUUCUGUAUUCUUUUCUCAAUUUUGAUUGAGAUAAUACAACAAAAAUUAUUUUUUGCAUUUCAAGAAUAUUUGGAACUCUGAUAUAAACUCUAUCGAAUUCAACUUAUUUCUGAUGAACUUUAAAACCAAUUUGUGUUCCCAGUUGUUGUUGUAUCAGUUCCUGGGGAGAAAACUUUCAGUUGA